GAUGGCGAACUGUUUUUUUCUUGUUUUAUUCCAUUGUCAAUCUUCUAAUCACAUGAAAAGUGAACAUUGACAAGAAUGGAGAAUUUAUCUAGUGUUAAAAAUGAAUAUAAAGUGUGUCAAAUAUGUACACAAUCCAUUCUUGACGAAGGAAAUUUACUAACUGAGAUUAUCAAUGGAGUGACACUAGAAUCAAUGAUUCAGGAUAUAUUUACAAAGUUGAAGAUUUCUGCUGACGACAACCGAUAUUCAAGUUGUUGUGUCGAUUGCAAAGAGGAAUUGAUUGUUGCAUACCGUUUCAUUAGGAAAGUGAUAGCGGCCCAUCCCAAACAAUUGAAUUGCAGUUUAUCGCUUAACGUGGAACAAAGUGAUCCGUUGAUAAAUAUAUACAAUGAGCCGGAGGCUAGUAUUAAGUCAGAGGAUGAAGCAGACGACACUCAAUUUCAGUUGGACAUCUACGAUUUGGAAGAUGAAAGUAAGCCGUCUACCGUUCUUUUCGAACGUUCUUACGAGAAAAUGGUAGCAGAAGAAGUGUCGGAGGAUGAAAAAUAUAUGUACAGUGAUCAACAAGACGAAUCUAGUGAAUCAGAAAGUGACGAAGAAAUCCAAACUAGCACGAAACGCAACAAACCACAGCGACCACCACAAAGAUGCUGCGAUUGCAGUGAGCCUUUGAGCACAGUUGAACAAGUACAGGAACAUUCUGUGAAGUUCCACAAACGAAAUAAAUCUUCAGAUUCAGAUGAAAUCGAACAGAAACCAUAUGAAUGUUCCGUUUGCUUUCAGAGAUUUGAAACCAACAAAAACUUUCUACAACACCAACGCAAGAUGUAUUCUAAAGCCCUACAUUACUGCAGACGUUGUCCUGAGAGCUUCGCCAAUGCAUUUAACUUGAGAGAACAUCAUAAAGCCUUUCAUAAAAGAGUGAAAAUCAUCGAACAAAUCGAUGAAAUGCGACAAAAAAUUCACAAAUGUUGUGUUUGCCGUAAGCAGUUUGAUACUAGAGAGCUGCUGCUAGAGCAUGGCAAAAAGGCUCACAUACCACAUCCCGAAUCACAGGAUCCAAAAAAUCAGUUCGUUUGUGAAGUUUGUUCCAGACGUUUCAAAUCGGAUAAAAUUUUGAUUGAACAUCAACGGAGACCGUAUAGAAAACACCGUUUCCAGUGUGCUCAGUGUGGAAAAACCUACAAGGAUAAGCGAUCGUUCUCCGAUCACGAGCAAAGCCAUGCAAAUAUACGAAAGUACGAGUGUCACCUUUGUGACAAACGUUUCGCGUUGAAACCAAAUUUCCUUACACACGUUAAGUACCAUUCGAUUCCGGAUGAUCAGUUCAAAUGCAAAUUCUGUAACCGUGGAUUCAAGAAGAAGCACCUUUUACAGGAACAUUCGGUCAUCCACAGCGAUAGAGAAGAUCGCCCGUUCAAGUGCCAUCUGUGCCCGAACACAUUCACCCGCCAGGAUCGGCUCGAUUUUCACAUUAAAGCCCAUUUGGGGGAGAAACCAUUCAAGUGUACCCGAUGUUCUUCGUCCUACAUUCAUGAACGGGAUUUGAGGCGACAUAACCGGACCAAACAUGAAGAGGUUAGACCAUUCGUUUGCAACGUUUGCUCGAAAGCUUUCAACCGCAAAGAUGCAUACGGGAAGCAUAUGAAAACCCACAGCGCUUAGAGUCAACGAAUAUUUGCAUCGUUUAUUCUGUUAAUGAACAAUAGA